AUGUUCUUGAAUGAGGUUGGCACCCUAAUUCCAGAUGAACAAGAUACUGACCCAGUUACUUAUGACCAAGCACUCCAAGACAUUGAUGUUGAAUCUUGGAAAAAUGCUAUGAAUUAUGAGAUAGAGUCUAUAUACUCCAAUCAGAUUUGGGAUCUUGUAGAACCACCAGAUGGGGUAAAACCUAUUGGCUAUAAAUGGAUCUAUAAGAGAAAGAGGGGAGUAGACAGGAAAGUAGAAACUUUCAAAGCAAGGAUUGUUGCAAAAGGGUAUACUCAGAAAGAAGGGAUCGAUUAUGAGGAAACUUUUUUGUCAGUAGCCAUGCUCAAGUCUAUCUGGAUCCUUCUUUCUGUUCCGCUUAUUUCGAUUAUGAAAUUUGACAAAUGGAUGUCAAGACAGCAUUCCUAA